AUGUUUCCUCCUGUCUCUCCUCUGGAGCAGCAGCACGCUAUGGUCAUGGGGGAUGAGAUAGAUAUAAGAACGGGCUCAGCAUUUUCGGGGCUUUUGACAUACGCGAACCUACCCUACGUCCAUUGUUUGGCUCCCGAGUGGCAAGAGGUGGAGAAGUACGACAUCGCGAUCCUGGGCGCUCCUUUCGACACUGGAACGACUGGAAGACCAGGGCCAAGGUUUGGUCCCAGCGGCAUUCGCCGUGGCUCUAGAAGGAUUGUGCCUGAAGCAGCGUGGAAUGUUGAGACAGGGAGGAACGUAUUCCUGGACUGGGCGAAGAUUGUUGACUGCGGGGAUGCGCCGCUUACCUUUCUGGACAAUACCGCGGCCUUAAAACAGCUUGACAUGGCGCACAAUAUUGUGUCUGGUCGGCCGACCAAUUCCAGCAAGUACGAUGUUCCAAGAAUAAUCACACUGGGUGGAGACCAUACAACGACUCUCAGUGCUUUGCAGUCGGUGCAUAAGAGAUGGGGCCGGGUGAGCGUGAUCCACUUCGAUAGUCACAUAGACACCUGGAAUCCAAAAGUGCUCGGUAAGAUUUGCAAAGAUCUGUGUCCUAUCAGUGGCGUGAAUCACGGGACGUUCUUGCACAUUGCCCACGAGGAAGGGCUGAUCAGCAACACCUCCAUUCAUGCGGGCAUUCGAGCCCCGGUGAAUCGUCCCAAGAAAGAUAUGCAAAACGAUCGCAGAUGUGGGUUCGACACGAUCAGUGCAAGGGAUAUCGAUCGCAUCGGUGUUCACAGAAUCAUCGAGAGGCUGAACGUCGACAUAGACGUUCUGGAUCCUGCUUUUGCGCCAGGUACUGGAACUGCGGAAGUAGGAGGAUGGACAAGUAGAGAAUUUCUCUCCAUCAUCGAUGGCCUAUCCGGCCUUCACAUUGUUGGUGCUGAUGUUGUCGAGGUUGCCCCUAUUUAUGACAAUCCUGGCGAGACAACAGUUCUGGUUGCGGCGGAAAUUGUCCAAUCGCUGAUCGGCUUGAUGGUACAUCCGGAAGCUUCUUGA